AAGUGAGAGAGAUCAUCAUAAAAAAGGAAUAUAGACUUAGCUAUCUCAAUGGCAAGGGUAUGGAUUCUUCUCUUAUCACUUUCCAUUGUAGGGUUGAUGAAGCAGUUGGUGUUGGUGGAAGCAGAUUUGCCUGCUAUUUACAUAUUUGGUGAUUCAACAGUAGAUGUUGGGACAAACCCUCAUUUGAGUGAGAGUCUUGCUCAAGCUAACAUGUCUUUCAAUGGGAUUGAUUAUCCUUUCUCUAAUGCAACAGGGAGGUUCAGCAAUGGCUACAACACUGCUGACUUGAUUGUGAGGCUGCUGGAUAAAACUCAUUCACGGAGUCCGCCACCUUUUCUGUCUCUUCUAGAGAGCAUGACGUACUUCAAGAGAGAUCUAACCAGGGGAGCCAACUUUGCAUCUGGAGGCUCUGGAAUUCUUGAUUCAACUGGGAAUGCUACAUAUAGAAAGGUGGUCCCAUUAGGAGAGCAAAUCCAACAAUUUUCAACAGUUCGGCCAAACAUAACAAUAAUAUUGGGUCCAGACAAAGCGGAUAAGCUGAUCUCAAACUCCUUAUACCUCAUAAGUGUUGGAGGGAAUGACUUCUUUGAUUAUCAACGUUACAACAGCACCACAAUGCUUCCUGAGACCUUCAUGACCAUUCUCCUCAAUGCCUAUGCAACCCAUUUGGAGGAUCUUUACACCCUAGGAGCCAGAAAAUUUGCGAUAAUAGGUGUUCCCCCAAUUGGGUGUUGCCCAGCUGAACGUGUUGUAAAUCUAAAGCUAAAUGGUAGUGAUGGAUGUUUUGAGCAAAUGAACGACUUGGCUCGAUCUUUCUACAAUGCGACUGAGACCCUCUUGAAUUCCUUCACCUCACAAUUCCAAGGAGUCAAGUACUCACUCGGCAAUGCAUUUGACUUGACCAUGACUAUCAUCAACAACCCAUUAGUAUUUGGUAUCAAGGAUGUUAAAACAGCUUGUUGUGGAAAUGGAACACUCAAUGGAGAAGGGCAAUGCACACCAUUGGCGAACCUAUGCCCUAAUCGGGAAGAGUACUUGUUCUGGGACUUUGUUCAUCCGACUCAAGCCGUCUCUUGGUUAGCUGCCCUCACCCUUUAUGGUGGAGCACAACAAUUUGUGACCCCUAUGAAUUUUAGCCAAUUAGCUCCCAUUGACAUCUAAGAGGACAAACACUCCCUCUCUACAGUUCUCUAUACCAAAAAUCUCUAUCCUUCUAUCCUUAUUACACUUAUGUAUCAUCACAUUUCAAUUGUCACAAACAAAAACAUUGAUUAUCAGCCAUAUCUACACUUAAUCUUCCUAAAAGAGUGUUGGCUUGUCUUUGUCUCAUAAGUGAUGGAUGGUCCUUUGAUUGUUAAGAUACCUUGGAAAUGCAA